AUGGUAAAAUCAAAAGUUUUAGGACAGAUGCUGGAAAGUUUGGGAGGUAAGAAGCAUUCGGCAACUAAUAUCAAAGAGGCACACCGGCCCGAUUGUGAUGUAUCCCCGUUAAUUUCCAACUUUGCUAAGUGGAGUGACAAGCCCAAACGACUGUAUUUCAGAGAAAAUUCUGAAUGGACACAGGUGGUGGACUCCAGCAAUCUGCGUGGAAACUUAUUUGCUGAGCUUCUAUCUUCUCCUAUGCGAAUGGACAGAAUAACUCGUCUGAGAGCUCCUUGUAAUUUGCUAACGCAGAUCAAAUUGGGGCCCAAGGCAGAGUCUGUAGAGGGAGACAAAGGACAAUUCGAGCUAGCGCCAGCCAUACCGCCUACCAAAGGAGACGCAACCUCUUAUGUGAAUAAUAACGAAACUUCACUUCGCAAAAAUGGCGCCGCCUUUUUGAAAUGGAUUCCGACGUCGACGUUCAAUAGCACCAUACGGCAUAUAGGCCCUCAAGACGUGAUCCGCCCGACUCAGCCUAUCGUGGACAGUUGUAAAGCCCAGUUGAUAAAUGAAGUGCAACAAAAGAUCUCAUUCACGAUUUCAAAUGGCGAGAGUGAAACAACUUUUGGCCCCCCAAAUAGACGUAUUAAAGUGAUCAGCGAUAGCAACGAGACGGACACGAUCAUUGUGCACCCAGAGCUUGGCACAACAUUUAAUCUCAAGGACAUCAACGAUUCGGAGUUGCAGCGUAUACUCAAAAUGCUGCCGAACGGGAUUCAUUUAGACUUUGCUGUCGACAAACAACUGUGCAUGGCUAUAUAUAGAUUACUGCAAUUCGGAUCAUGA